AUGCAUACUAUGAGAAAAGGACAAAACUCUAUGGUGAGGACUGAUGGACAUACAUUAGGUGAGAGAAGAAACUAACAGGUGACAAACAAGAUGUUUGGUGCUUCAAGAAAGAAGUAUGCAGAGGGGGUCCAUGGUGACUACCAAGAAGAAAACUCUUACUACAGCCAGUCUUCUAUGUUUCCACAUCAGUCAGAAAAAGAUACACUGGCAUCAGGUCAGCUGUCUCAGUAUGGGGCAAGUUCAUAUGAGCAACAGGGUGCAAUAGGCCUUCCAAUGAGGGGGACAAGCAGCAAUACACCUCAGUUAAUUCGCGGCUUAUCACAAGGCACUCAGUUACCGAGCCACGUCAUACCAACAACAGGGUUACCAACAGCGUCAUUUCACACGCCUCCAUUUCCAAGCAGGGGGAUUUUGCCUGUGAAUCCUAGGAGUAUGAUGAACUACUCCCAGGCUGGUCAAGGCAUUGGAAUUCCCAGCAGGACAAAUAGCAUGAGUAGUUCAGGGUUAGGUACCCUCAGCAGAAGCACGCCAAGUACAACAUCUAUGACAAAGCAGCAGCCUUCUCAACAGCCUUUCACUGUUAACAGUAUGUCUAGAUUUGUAAUGAGCAGGAAUCAGGCAUUUGGAAUGAAUAACUCUUUAGUAAGUAACAUUUAUGAUGAAAAAGAUGAAAGUGAAAUUAUGACAGGAUUGCACCUUUCAGAUUUUCCAGCAUUAGCAAACCAAAACAGAAGGGAAGGAAGUGGUAACCCAAAUCCAUUAAUAAACCCGUUGGCUGGACGACCUCUUUAUGUUGGAAUGGCAACAAAAACAGCAAAUGAGCAAUCCCAAGACUUCUCAAUACACAGUGAAGAUUUUCCAGCAUUACCCUGUGCCAGCUAUAAAAAUCCAACAUCAAGUACUGAUGACAGUAAAUGUAAUUUGAAUCGGUUUGGUAUGAUAGCUUCAAGUAUAGAUAUACACAAAUUCCCUGGAGAUAAAAGUUCAACAACACAAAGUAAUAAUCAGCAGAAAAAAGGGAUCCAGGUGUUACCUGAUGGUCGGGUUACUAACGUUCCUCCAGGGAUGUUGACAGACCAAUUUGGAAUGAUUGGCCUGUUAACGUUUAUCAGGGCAGCAGAGUCAGCCCCAGGAAUGGUGCAUCUCGCUUUAGGAAGUGAUCUAACGACAUUAGGCCUCAAUCUGAAUUCUCCUGAAAAUCUCUACCCCAAAUUUGCAUCACCCUGGGCAUCUUCACCUUGUCGACCUCAAGACAUAGACUUCCAUAUUCCAUCUGAGUACUUAACAAACAUUCACAUUAGGGCUAAGCUGGCUGCAAUAAAACUUGGCCGAUAUGGAGAGGACCUUCUCUUCUAUCUCUAUUACAUGAAUAGAGGAGACGUAUUACAAAUUUUUGCUGCAAUAGAGCUUUAUAACCGUAAUUGGAGAUACCACAAACAAGAACGAGUAUGGAUUACCAGGGUACCAGGCAUAGAUCCAACAAUGAGAACCAAUGCCUACGAGAGGGGAAUAUACUACUUCUUUGACUAUCUUAACUGGAGGAAAGUAGCUAAGGAGUUCCAUCUGGAAUAUGACAAAUUAGAAGAACGACCUCAACUGCCACUCAUCUUCAACUACAACCCUGCUCAGCAAGGCUUCUAA